GGAUCAAUGGCAUUUGCACCUCAUUCAGGAAAAAAAAUUUGGCACUCUCUUCAUCCCACCAUACAUGGGAUCCCACAGCUGAACUUGUUAAUGAAAUUCCCUCUCACAGUUAAAAACAAGAAACAAAAAAACACUGAAUAUGAAUGUGGAAGAAAGACAAUUUGAUGUUUGUAAUUAUCGAAGUAAACUCCACGACCUGCUGAAUGUAUGCAAAAUGGACCUGGGCUGGUGUAUAUAAAAGUGGCAUGUGCGGGGAAUAAGGGCAAGUAUCGAGGCUUCUUUCUGGUAGAGCAAGUCAUCGUACAGGAUCUCUACCAUGAGCAACAAGGGGGCUUCACUGAAAGGUUUGUUGCUGGUGGUCCUUCUGGUGUCCAACAUGCUCCUGACGAAGGAAGGAGUGACCUCCCUGCCAAUCUGCCCCAGUGGAUCUGUCAACUGCCAAGUUUCCCUUGAGGAACUUUUUGACCGAGCGGUUAAACUUUCACACUACAUCCACUUCCUCUGUUCAGAAAUGUUCGAUGAAUUUGAUGAGCGCUACGCUCAGGGCCGGGGUUUUAUUAUAAAAGCUGUUAAUGGCUGCCACACUUCCUCCUUAACCACUCCUGAAGAUAAGGAGCAAGCCCAGCAGAUUCACCACGAGGACCUACUGAACUUAGUACUGGGAGUGCUGCGCUCCUGGAAUGAUCCCCUGAUCCACCUGGUCUCUGAAGUACAAAGAAUGAAGGAAGCCCCAGACACCAUCCUCUGGAAGGCUGUAGAGAUUGAAGAACAAAACAAGCGGCUCCUAGAAGGAAUGGAGAAAAUAGUUGGGAGGGUUAAUUCUGGUGAGAUUGGAAACGAGGUUUACUCUCAGUGGGAAGGCCUUCCAUCCCUGCAACUUGCUGAUGAGGACUCCAGACUCUUCGCCUUUUACAACCUGCUGCAUUGCCUCCGCCGAGAUUCCCACAAAAUCGACAACUAUCUCAAGCUUCUGAAGUGCCGCCUAAUCCACGACAGCAAUUGUUAAGCGCUCAUGGGCCUCAUCACCCAUUGAAAUCAUUCUCUGUGGUGUUCUUAUUGCUUCGUCACUUUUCAUUGCAAACUUUAAGAAAAGUCAUACUGUACAGUAACUUUCAGGCAUGUUUGUGUGAAUUCUGGCUGCAACUAUUAGCACCGUUUAUCUUGGUGUUUCAAAAUGUUGUAAAUUACUUGUAUGACGAGAAUACACUUUUCUCUCUAAUCUCCCAACCUUGUAGCAUUGCAGUGAUAACCAGAUGAUGCAGAUACAAAUAAAAAUGUUAUUAAAUCCAAAA